AGCAACGCUCUUUUCCCCUAUUCCCUAUGACGGAAGAGAGGCCAGCCGGCUCCGAGAUAUCGAUCUUCGCGAGGGCCUUGGGGUUUAAUUACUGCUGAAUCCCCCCGGGCUCCGCAGACCCAUGACCCGGCCUUGCAACGGCGUUACAGGCCACGAACCGCCCACGGAGCCUCGCCACUUGCCGCCCCCGACUGGCGACUGGUGACUGGUGACUGGUGACUGGUGAGAAGGACGUUGCCAGACUCACAGACUGCAGAGAGCUGCCCUCGCAUCGUCUGGUGGUCGCCAUGGCCGACCGCAAUGCUCCCGGAGCGUCGUCGCCGCACCAACUCCAAGCCUCAUCCUCUGCAGCGCCCCUGGCCGGAACCGCGGGCGCUGCGUCUUCCGUCCGGUCGCGCAACCGCCGCAACCCCGAUCAUGGCAGCUACGGCAACGGUCUCAUCAGCGACGGAAACCCGACGAGAAGCUACGGGGAUGUGUCACGGAGGGGUGACAGUACCAAAGGGAGAGAUGGGACGCCCGGGCUCGGGCAGUUUUUUGAAGAUUCCUUGCAUCAGAGCUGGUCAUCGGUCCAAGGCUUCGCAUCCUCGCUCCUUUCGGUAGCAGAGAACCCAGGUGACAUGCCUCGAUCGCGGACCGGUGCUCAGUCCGGAAAUGCAUCCUCUACCUCCCUGUGGAAUCGACUACCAUCGAACCUUGGCAGCAUUGCCAGCAAGAGCUUCAUCCGCGGGAGCUCUCCCGCUUCACAAGGCCCAAGGGCCGCGAACCGAGUGGCAGCUGGAUCAUCGGACGAGCGAGAGUCUGCGUUGAAAACCGCCCAAAGGGCCAGCGUUUUGGAAAACAAUCGAGCGCUGGAUUACUCAAGAAACUACAAGCGUCGGAACUCAGACGAGGUUCCCUCGGAGAACCCGCAACCAGAAGAAUACCUGGUGUACAUCCACAAGAUACAGCCCAGUGAUACGUAUGCUGGCAUUAUCCUCCGAUACAAGUGCCAGGAGGAUGCGUUCAGGAAAGCGAAUGGCCUCUGGUUCAGGGACAGCAUCCAAGUCCGGAAAUGGGUUGUCCUUCCAGUCGAUGCCUGCGAAGUGCGAGGGCGACCAUGCGAUCCUCCGUUGAGCAGUCAAAAUCAUGCCACGACUCACUCUCGCGAUGGUACGUCACAAGCUUUAUCCGAUGCUCUUUUCAGUCUACCAGGCGAAGGGCCUACACAAGAGGAGGAAAAUAUCGAAAAGGAGGCCAUGCCAUGGUCACACGUACGAUGGGUCAAAAUCGAUUCACUACCUGAGCCGGUAGAAAUUGGACGAAUUGCGCGCCAGAAAAUGGGCUAUUUCCCGCCACGAAGGAAAAAGACUGGUAGGACCGUUUCUUUCUCAUCCACGCCGCGGCAAAGCCUGGACGCCUCGACCACCUCGGAUCAGAUGGAUCAGCACAUGUCCAGGCGGCAGAGCGCGGCCGGCGAUCGACCCUCGUUAUCGGACAGACGAGACUCUCUCCGCAGUCACGGAAGCAGCGAGGUGCCGGAUAUGAGGCCGGCGUGGAUGCGGCGCGCUGGCGGGGUUGGCUCUCUCAACAGAAAUGUCAGGGCUCCCGGUCCGGACAAGGAUCCCCUCAACUCGUGGGCCAAGAAGCACUUCCCCGGCCUUGACAUGGACAAGCUGCCGUCCAUGUCGGUCAUGGGGUCAGAGAUAGCACGGUUUGGCUUUGGUCGCGAACCCGCCGAAAUCGUGGAAGGCAAUCUUCAAGAGGGGGCAGACACAGAGUCACCAAGCAACCAGAACAAUGGCUUAGACAAGGCGGCGGCGGCAGUCGAGACGUGGCUUCGAACCGCGUGGUCGAAACGGGCCAUGGGCCCGUUAAUCGGCGGUUUACCACGGCAGAGGAACACAAACGGACAGGAUUUUGGAGACUUGAUAGAGCUGACACCUACGCCUGGCGCCGAGGGCACACCGCGCCUUGACAUGUUUGAUCCACAGGUACCAUCGCAAUUCCUUGGGGGUAACUCGAACGACGAUUCUAGCAUAAAGCGAUAAAGGAUAGAUUUUGAUACAGCAUUGUCAAGGGUUUAUAUCUGCUUAUGGAGUGCUCGGCGAUUGCUUAUUACCUAGUUAUAGUUGCUUAGUAUCAUUUCUGGACC